CAUUCUCAAAAAAUAUUAAAAAGAAAACAUCCCACUUGGCAGCGGGUGCGCGGGAAGUUCAGCGCGCGAGUUCCGGGUUUCCCGCCAGCCGCCAGCCCGCCCCCCGCCGGCCGCAGCCCGGGUGAGCCCCCAGCCCCAGCUCGGCCACAGCCUGCUGGGCCGCGUCCGUGGGUCCGUCCGCUCCCCACUUCCCCCACUCGUCCAUCCCCAGGCGCCGCGCCGGGUCGGCCCUGCGGAGAGUGGCCGGGGUUUGCCAGGGCGCCCGCGGCCGGCGUUGGCCCCGGCGGCGCCUUGGCCGCGGCGCUUGCAGAACUCGGCCCCCGGCGGGUUCGGGUCUCGCCGGGGCCCUGCGCCCUCCGUCCCCACUGCGCGGCCGGAGCAGCCGCCUCUAACGCCACUUGUGGAGUUCUUCCUCCGGCGGCUGUAACUUUACACCAGCCUGAGAGAGGCCUAUUUUUAUUCAGAAACCGGCAACCAGGGUGCCUGUAGAGAAGCUCAGAUGGAGGGCCAGCCCACCCCUUGAAGAUUUCUCACAGAUUGAUGGGGAAGGAACGUCUUGCCCUGCUAGCCUUUCUUUGAGAUUUCAGAAUUCUGCUGCUAUCAUACAGUUAGAGCCGAAUUGGUUGCUUGCGGGGGCGGGGAGGUUUUUGAUGAGGCUGUUGCCUAACCUGCUGGAGCUGUCCCUGAACCCCACCUCUAGGCCUCUAAGCCCUGAUCCUCAGGCCAUCACGCGUGAGCCCGGCCCAGACCGUGGCCUGGUCACCUUGCUGCUGGAAUCGUUCCAAGCGCUGCUAGGGACAGUCUCACGUGGGGAGGAGCAAAGAGAUGAACGUAGCAGCCAAGUACCGCCAGGCAUCCCUGUAUGUGGGUGAUCUCAAUGCAGAUGUCACCGAGGACCUGCUGUUCAAAAAGUUCAGCGCCGUGGGGCCUGUGCUGUCCAUCCGCAUCUGCAGGGACCUGGUCACCCGCCGCUCGCUGGGCUAUGCCUACGUGAACUUCCUGAAGCUGGCUGAUGCCCAGAAGGCCCUGGAUACAAUGAACUUUGACAUGAUAAAAGGCAAACCCAUCCGUCUCAUGUGGUCUCAACGUGAUGCCUACUUAAGGAAAUCUGGCAUUGGAAACGUGUUCAUCAAGAAUCUAGACAAAUCUAUUGAUAACAAAACCCUUUAUGAACAUUUUUCAGCUUUUGGGAAGAUCCUGUCCUCCAAAGUAAUGACUGAUGAUCAAGGCUCUAGGGGUUAUGCAUUUGUGCACUUUCAGAACCAGAUCGCGGCUGACAGGGCCAUCGAGGAGAUGAAUGGGGCCCUGCUUAAGGACUGCAGGCUGUUUGUUGGCCGAUUCAAAAACCGUAAAGAUCGGGAAGCUGAGCUCCAAAACAAGGUCAAUGAAUUCACCAAUGUUUACGUCAAAAACUUUGGCGAUGAAAUGGAUGAUGAGAGACUGAAGGAAGUUUUUGGUAAAUACGGCAAAACCCUGAGUGUUAAGGUGAUGACAGAUUCCAGUGGGAAAUCCAAAGGCUUUGGCUUUGUGAGUUUUGAUAGCCAUGAGGCUGCCAAAAAAGCUGUUGAAGAAAUGAAUGGAAAGGACAUAAACGGACAGCUGCUUUUUGUAGGCCGGGCGCAAAAAAAAUCAGAGCGGCAGGCUGAGUUGAAGCAAAUGUUUGAGCAGCUGAAACAGGAAAGAUUUCGGAGAAGCCGGGGCAUGAAGCUCUAUAUUAAGAACCUCGAUGAUACCAUCGAUGAUGAAAAACUGUGGAGGGAAUUUUCUUCAUUUGGAUCAAUUAGCAGAGUCAAGAUAAUGCGGGAAGAAGGGCGAAGCAAAGGGUUUGGGUUGAUCUGCUUCUCUUCUCCUGAGGAGGCCACUAAAGCAAUGGCUGAGAUGAAUGGGCGAAUCUUGGGCUCCAAGCCACUCUACAUUGCCCUGGCCCACAGGCCCUAGGAGAGAAAAACUUACUGCAUCAGCCAGUGUUUGCAGCAGGCGUUGGAAUGAUAGUGAUCUCUGCCUGAAUUAUCCUGAGAAAAUUCCAAAUCCCAGCUGAUGGCCACUUAAUUUAGUAAACUUUGUGAUAAAAGGUUUUGUAUACAAAGCUAUUUUUUUCUUGUGUGGAAAAAAUAAAUGAAUCCUGGAAGCUUGAUUCAUUUUACAGAGGCACAUCUUCUAAUGACAAUAUUGGGUAUUUCUCUGAUUUUAAUUCAGUAUCCGUAGCAAUAAGUAUAAUUAGAUAUAUUUUUAUUACAUUUUGAGCCGCAUGAAGUGAGGUAAUUAUCUGGGUUUAUUCAUAUUUUCUUUCUUAUUUUAGUAAUGUUGCUAUCUUUAAUUUCUUCUAUGAAAAUAUGCUAAAAAUAGUUCUUAAAACUAAAAAUCACAAAGUAAUUUAUUUUCAUAAACAAAUUCUCUAAUUUCUCAUCUAAGCUUUUUAAAGAAACCAAAGGUUUAAGAAUGGCUAGUAUAAAUUCAAUAUCUAAUUUCAUUUUGAAUUAAUGUUUAAAGUAGUAGGAAACAGUUGAAUUUCUUUUGAAGUUAUAUCCUGACAUGGUUGUUUUCUGAUGACUGAAAUUAAUGAUGGAGAUUUUUAAUGUUUCCUACAAACCUGACUUAUAGGGCAUUUUGCUUUUCUUUCCAUUGGUAGACUAUAUAUAAUUCAUGUGCUUGCUAAUUAUCAAAAUUGGGACUUGAGUAGUAAAACUUUAAUGUCUAUAUUCCUUAAGCUUUAAACUUUUGUCAAUUAAGGUGAGAAAAGUUGGCUUGGUCUUAAUUCUCUUCAUACCUAUACAGGUUAGUAUUAUGCCUUAAGUUUUUACCAGACACCAAUAUUAUAAAAGUCAUAUAUAGAGAAUACAGAAAUUCUGUUUAACAACUCUUUUUCAAUCUCUAUUUUAUAUUUUUUGAUGUAAUGAUACUAUCUCAGGGUUGAGAAAAGUAUGUUUCUUUAUCUUUAUGAACUCAUGUCUCUUUUUAUUAGAACAUGAGAGAAACAUAACCCAUUAAGAUUCGAUUUUUAACCUCAAUUUGUCAGAAGCUCACUAAUUUUCUGGUAAAUUGAAAUUACAUUAAUUUGCCUAUUUUUUAGAAUAAUUUUUAGUCCCAUUUCCAGACCUCUCUUUCUCUUACCCUUGAUCUGUGUUACUUGAUUCAUUAUGUGCUAUUUGAAAUCCACCUUGGAAACAGAAACAAGAGUUAUUUGUUAACAUUUAAAUAAUUACUUUUAAAAUUCUGUUUUACCAAUGGUGUCUGGAAUAGCUUUGUUGUUCUUGUUAUUGCUAUUCUAUUUUAUUUAUUUAUUUUUUUACUAUGCUUAGAGGUUUCCUGCAACUAUAUAUUCAAAGCUUGUUUCUUAUAUUACCAGUACAAAAGAUAUAUUAAAAGAUUGUCUUUGGCAAUAGUUUAGCUAUGAAAGAAUAAGAAAAUCUGUUUCUAUUUAUUUUUGUAUAUACUAUAUGUUUGUUCAUGGCACAUUUUCUAAAUUAAAAGUCUCUUUUAGACAUUGAAAAAUUUAACAGCAACAUAAAAUUCUAUUAUGCCAACAAAUCUUCUGUUAAAACUUGUUGCAUAUCCUCCCAAUUUUUUAUACAUGUACACAUAGAUAAUUUAACAAAAAUAGAAUCAUUCUAACCUUAUUUCAAAUUACUUGUUUAAUUUUACAAUAUGCCGUAGUCAACUUCCAGAUCCACAAAAAAUGAUUUGCAUUAUAAUUUUAAUGAGUUUUAGCCCUUCAAUGUUUGUACUAUAAUAUAAUGAAUUUUCUCUUGAUACAGAUAAAGGUUAUUAGAUUGUUCCCUACUCCCACCCUUUUUUCUUCUGUCAUAAACAACUUGGAGAUAAACAUCCUUGCAAAUGCAUCUAUGCUUACAGAUAUCCAAUUAUUUUCUUAAGAAAAUGUGUAAUUCAUUGGAAUUAAUGUUGAAAAGGGCUGGUAAUUUAAAAAUAAUUUUUGAUAAAUAUUUCCCAAAUGCUCUCCAGAAAACUUGUGCCAUUUACAAUUCCAUUAUCAGUGUGGAGGGCUGUCCAUUCCCUAUAUUCCAAGAUCAGGAGAUUUUGUUUAAGUUGUCAGCCAAUUCAAAAUGAUAUGUAAAGCAAAAUAUUUCGUGGUUACUUUUUUUUAUUACUACAAAAGUUAAACAGCAUUUCUUGUAUUUGUUGGCCAUCUGUGUUUUCAUAUUUGUGAACUAAUGUUUCAUGAUCUUCGUCUGUUUUCCUUUUGGGUUUUUUAUUUGUAUGGAUUUGUUACAUUUCUUUACAUGUUAAGAAUAGAAGUUUAGACUUUUUUUCCCCAAUAUCUCACUUUGUUUAUAGUUUUGAGGGUUAUUUCAAAGUCAAUUUUAAACUCAGAAUUUUCAGGCUUUUACUUAGAUGGCUUUGAUGUUAUGAUUCAAAACACUUUGAACAACUCAAAUACACACACAAUCUGUAUCGUCUUCUGUUACAUUCAGAGUUUUAUAGUCUCAAUAAUUUCUAAGCGAAACUUUUGUCUGUGGAGUAUCUUAUCACAGCCUAUAGUAAAUCUUGUAAAAGUA